GCGGGAUGCUGGCAAAUUCGGGUCACGAGCAGCCGCUCACCUUCUACCGAAAAAUGGCCGAGCUGCAGGAGCGGCUGCAUCAGCUGGAGGAGGAGCGCACGAUGCUGGCCGAAAAAUACGCCGCCCUGGUGAAGAACAGGCGCAGGAGGUUCGGCCCCCGCUCUUUUUGCACGAAUUCUUUGCGAAUGCACUUUAUUUAGUUGCGUUUUUUCGUAGCGUUGACAGCACCUGUAGCUUCCUCUGAGAUUUGAAAGUAGAGGAAUGGCGACACGAUUCUGCAGCUGAAAGAGGAGUAUUCCCGAUUUUUGGAGCACGAACGCCAGCGGAAAAUGCGCACGAGGAACAUGAUGGCCUCGCUCGAGAGUUUGGAGCAGCACGCCGCCGUCAUGCACGCCAAGACCGAACACCUCAGGGCCUCCAGGCGGCAGUGGGACAGUCUAAACGCGCGUCUCCAACCGAAACUGACCAUGAGCGACAGCUUUGCCGUGAGGCGGCCCGAGUGGCCAGGGUUGGACCUGGACCUGGAUCAGGUGCUCGACCUGUCGGGCAAGAAGAAAAAGGAGGAAAAACGCUUAGUGUCGAGAGAGGUGGAAAACUUUUUGGCCUCCAUCAACGAGAGGGUUGAGGCGAAAUCGAUUGGCCUACAUUCCGCCGCCGCCGCCGCCGCCGCUGGUGACACGCAAGCCAAACGUCACGCAGCUUCCGUGUCCGUGCCCUCCGACCAAGCCUGUCACGAGGUGUUGGAAAACCUUAAAGAGGAGCCUCUGGAGGAGAUUCAGGUCGAGCCGUACCUUCCUGCUCAGGUCGCACCUUUCGAAGAACCUCAGGUUCACGAGAAAAGGGUUUACGAUGAACCCGUCGAAGAAGCUCCGCUUGAAUUCAGACGGAAUUCCGACGCUCCAGCACACAAAGAAAAUCAGGUCGCGCCUUUGGAAGGGUCUCAGGUCGCACCUUCCGUACAACAAUUUUUGGAGACGAGUAUUUCCGAGCCAGAACCGAUAAAUGAUGUCCAUUCUCAGGGUGACUCUCAUCAAGAACCUCAGGUUUUAUCUCCGGGUCCGUCAUACCAACCGUACAAUGAAGAACCUCCGAGACCUUUGCACGAAGAACCUCAGGAAGAGCCUUACCAUAAAAAUCAGGUCGAACCUUACCAAGAGCCUCAGGUCGAACCUUAUCGUGAAUCUUACCAAGAACCUCAGGUUGAAGCCUACCGUGAGUCUCUAGUAAAACCUUACGAAGAACCUGAACUGCAACCUUACCAAGAACCUGCCCAGGUUCAACCCUUUGAAGGUCAUCAGGACAAAAUAACUUACGAACAUCCUCAGGAACGACCUUUCGAAGGUUCUCAGGAACAACCUCUCGAAGGUCCUCAAGAACAACCUUACGAAGGUCCUCAGGAACGGCCUUUCGCUCAGGAACGACCCUUUGAAGGUUCUCAAGAAGUACCUUACGAAGGUCAGGAACGACCUUUCGAAGGAGCCCAAGCGGAACCGAUCCCGGCGUACCAGGAGCCGGAGGCUGCGCCCUUGCAGGACUAUCAGGGUGCGCAGGAGGCACCUGAGCAGGUCGGCCCUGGCAGGAUGUACGAGGAGGCGAGCUCGGAAAGCUGGGCCGAGCCGCACGCCGAGCUGGAGCAGCAGAUGGCCGACAUCCUGCGGCACGCGCCCACUCCCAACCGCCCUCCGCCCCCGCCCUCCAAGUCAGGGGUGUCACCUUCGUCGUCGUGGGGCAAGAUCAAGAACCUGAGCGCCCUGAGGACGCGGCCGGCGAGUCCGUCGUCGUCGUCGUCCAAGUCUUCGAGCGGCUCGAAACGCAGCUCGCCAAACCGCAGUCCCAGCACCUCCCGAAGCCCCAGAAGGGCCAAUAAAUGAUUCAGACCUUAGAUAAUAAUUAAAUGUUGAACCUUUUCGAUUAAAUAA